AUGCAAGUGUGUCCCCACGUAUCCGACCUGCUACCCAUGAAGCCCUUUGCAGACUUGGACGCGUUCACAAAUGACUACCUCGUGAACAUCCAUACCAACUCUGGAUCAGUUACCUUUGUCAUAUCCGACGAACUCCAGACCAUACUGCGUAUCAUCGGUUUCACACAUACAUCUGUCAUAGACCUACAGACCGAGAUCGGGUAUGCGAUCAUCUUCCUACCGUUCCAGCGCACGCACAUCACCACACACACCGUUCGAAUGUUACUGUACUACACACUGGACCUACCAUCGUCGAACGGAAUCGGCCUACGGCACGCGAAUUGGUCGAACAAGGCGAGCGUACGUACGGCGGAGCGUAUGGAAUUUGUGUUCGAGACUGUCUUGAAGUGA